AUGUGCGUGGUGGCCUUGCUGCUUCUGAAUAUCUUAUUGAUGGCUUCUCAACUCCAGUACCACGGCUACAAGAUUGGCUACAUGAUUGGAAUCUAUUCCGAGCCCGCAGAGCAGUAUUGGCCUCAUUUUGAAGAAAUCUUUUUCAUUUGUGAUUUCAUUUUUGCUUUGCUAUUCACAGUGGAAAUGUUGAUUCGGCUCUGCCACAUCCGCUGCCUCGCCUUCUGCAAGCAGUGGCUCAACUGGAUUGAUGUCAUAGUGGUCAUCAGCUCUUGGGUGGAGCUUUUGGCAACUGCGCUGCCCAUAAGUCCCACAUUUCUGCGUAUGUUGCGCCUGGGCAAGCUACUUCGGGCCCUGCGCGUGGUGAAAAUGUCCAGAAUUUUGGAAUCUCUGCAGCUGCUCCUCAAGUGCAUCUCAGCCAGCGUGAAGAUCCUCUUCUGGUCAUUGGUGCUCCUGAUGAUUAUCCAGUGCAGCGCUGGCAUGACCAUUUCCUACAUGGUCAGUGAUUUCAUGACUGACCCGGACAUUGACGAAGAGAGGAAGUUCCAGGUCUUCCGCUACUACGGCACCUUCUCAAAGACCUUGCUGACCAUGUUUGAGGUGUUGUUCGCUAAUUGGGCUCCCGCUUGUAGAGUGCUGAUGGACAAUGUGGCCGAGUGGUACUCCUCUGUCUUCAUCGUGUACCGCUGCUUCAUAGGUUUUGCAGUGCUCAACGUUGUCACUGCCGUCUUUGUGCAGUCCACGAUGAAAGUGGCCCAGGCAGAUGAGGAGUUCGUCGCAGCGGAGAAACAAAGAGCCCAGGAAGCCUACCGUCACAAGCUCACCAACUUUUUCAAGCAGGUGGAUUCCUCCGGCGACGGUAAGCUGGACUUCAAGGAGUUUACAGAUCUUUUGGAGAACCCAAAGCUGCAAGUCUGGCUGGCGCAACUGGACAUAGAGACGACAGAUCUAAAGGGCUUGUUCCAGAUGUUGGAUGAUGGGGACGGCGAGAUCUCGCUCGAAGAGUUCGAGACAGGCCUCAUGCGCAUGAAAGGUUAUGCCCGAAGCUUCGAUCUCAACAAGAUCGACCGCCACAUGCGGAAGCUACACCUCAAGGCCGCUUUGGCUUCCAAUCCCUCUUUUGAGUCAGAGCCUUCAUAG